AUGACUUCGUCCUUUGCGGUUCCGUGUCCGCCCUUUCGCAUUACUCUUUCCCAGUGGGACAGAGUGUUUCCGCAUUGGGGCAAGAUCUUCCCGCCGAAGGAUGCCGUCCGCGUCUACUGCUUUGCUGUGGCGCCUGAUGUAGACAAGCAGGCAAUUGUCAACCAGCUUCAUUUGGCCCUUCAAAGCACCGUGCACAAGAUUCCAUUCCUCGGCGGAGCGCUUGUCUUGCCAUCCGCAAAGGAUAAGCCGUGGGAUGUUCGCCUCGUAUCAGAUGGCGCUGCUCGUUUAGACGUCCAGGACCUGUCCGACCGACAAAGCUUUGCAGAGCUAGCCAAGUUCAAAUUUGCGCAGCAUAUGUUUCCACAGGACAUCUUCCCGCCCGUCAACGAUGCCCUGCCGCCAGGUAGUCGUGUAAGCCUCUGCCGCAUACAAGCCACCUGGAUCGAUGGCGGCCUCUUACUGGUCACCUCGGUCAACCACACCGUGGCAGACGGCCGCGGCGUUACGGAAAUUGUCAAGAUAUUUGCCGACGCAUUCUGCAAAGCGCAACUAGGCGAGAUAUCAGCAGCUCCCGCCACAAACCAGGAGGAGUAUGUUUCCGACAGAACCCAAAGCCUUGCUGGGAGCGGCACGCCAGGCUCUGUCGACGCAUACGCUGCUUGGACUUCGGCGCCUGCUAUUACAACCACGAAACAGGCCAAGGUCCAAUCCUGCUCUCGCGUGUACCGAAUCGACCCCGACGCUCUCGUGGCGCUCAAGAACGCGGCUACGUGCACGCCCGCCUCGGCUGCGAGCCGCCUCUCUACAAAUGAUGCCAUUUCAGCCUUUAUCUGGCGCAGCGUGCUCCUGGCUCGUCACAGGGCAGGCCUUGUUAGCGCAAAUGAACUCUCACACAUUGCGCAGCCCAUCGAUUACCGAGCCAAGGUCGGCCUCGACGGAGCCUACCACGGCAACGUCAUGUACAUGACCCAAGGAUCUUUGCCGUUUUCCGAGCUAUCGCACCCUCGCACCGGGAUCGUCACCGCAGCCCAGGCUAUCCGAGCCCAGGUCCAGAGCGCUAGCGCAGACAAGUUUCGAGAUAUGCUCGCCCAUGCUGAGUACGUGGAGAACCGCGCAGACUGGCGGCUGCGCAUCGUCGACGACAUCCUCACUUCGGGCCUCAUCGUGACGAGCCACUUCAGGUUUCCCCUCUACGAUAUUGACUUUGGCCCGGCUGUCGAGGGUGGGCGCGCGAAAGCGUUUCGCUUCCCUGCUCGCGAGAGCAUGAUUGGCACCGCCGUCAUCUUCCCCCGGCUCCCAGACAGCAGCUGCGAGUUCAUGGUGACGGAGCAGCUAUCCACCAUGAACCUGCUUGCCGCCGAUGACAUGUUUUGUCAGUUUACGGGCGUCGAGCACAGCCCUCUGCCGACUACUCCCCCGAUGAGCCAAAGCUUCCCGCCAACGCCAGCGCUAUCGGACAUGGACAGCAAGCCAGGCCAAUCCGUACAUUCGGAGCUGAGCCCACCGUCAGCGCCGGGGACCCAUGGUCUCGGCCUUCUUGGUGAAGCAGGAGAAGCCUGUAAUCCCGAACAGCUGCAUAUCAGUGACUUGCCGGCCCUGCACACAGGCACUAUCCGCGUUAUUACGUUGAACCGGCCACGGGCCAAGAACGCAUUUACGGUGCAGAUGAUGCACCAACUCUACCGCGAGCUGGAUAGGAUUCACACCGAGUGGGCAAGGGGCGUUACGGGCACUCGCGUCUUAAUUCUAGCCAGCGCCUUGGACGACGUAUUUUGCACCGGCGCGGAUCUGAAGCAGCGGCUCGUCAUGAACGACGCGCAAGUGGACGAGUUCCUCGGCGCCAUGCGCAGGACGCUUGCACACCUCGAGACGCUGCCCAUUCCGGCCGUUGCCGCCGUCGCCGGCGCGGCCCUAGGCGGUGGACUCGAGCUGGCCUUGUGCUGCCAUCUACGCGUCUUUUCCAGCGGCGCCGUUGUCGGCCUGCCCGAGACGAGACUGGGCGUCAUCCCCGGCGCUGGCGGCACUUACCGUCUUCCGCGUGUUGUCGGGCUAGGUCACGCACGAGAUCUCAUCCUUACAGGGCGGCGCGUCGGUGCCACGGAAGCGCUCGCAAUGGGUCUCUGCGACCGCGUUGUCGACCACGAUGACGGGGACAUGGCUCUUGGGAUUGGCGGCGGCGGCACUUCAGCCGCGACUCCACGACAAGCCACGCUGCAAGCCGCCAUCGAACUGGCUCGCGAAGUGUCGGCCGGCGCGCCCCUGGCAAUCCAGGCGGCCAUGACUGUGCUGUCGUGCGCAUCCUCUACGAUGGAGUCUACGGCGUACGCAUCGCUGCUGCACACGGCGGACCGCAUGGAGGGACUGAUGUCUUUUCGCGAGAAGCGGCCGGCGCGCUUCGUUGGAAAGUAG